GUCAGCGGCAGCUGGUUACUGCGCUUCUCCAUGUGGCAGACAGAGCAAAGCCACAAAGCUUUCUCUAAGGGACUAGACACAGCCCACAGACCAGAACUUCCACUAGACUACUUAAAAUUACAUAGGUGGCUUGUCAAGUUCAAUUAAUUAGUCCUAUAAAAAGAAAAAAGAAGCUCCUUAUUACAGCUUGGAUUCAACGGUCCAAAACAAAAAUGCAGUUGCCAUUAAAGUCACAGAUGAACAAACUUCUGCACUGACUUUUAAAAAUCAAGAAUAAGGGCAGCAAGUUUCGGGAUUUGAAAAGUGACCUGUUUUCAAGAGACGUCACUGUACAACGCAAUUUCAAAAUGAAGGCUUUUAUCUGGACCCUAGGUGUGCUCCUCUUUCUACUAAUGGGCACUGGACACUGCAGAGGUGGGCAGUUGAAAAUAAAAAAAAUAAACCAGAGGCGAUACCCUCGUGCCACAGACAGUAAAGAGGAAACAAAGAAAUGUGCAUACACAUUUCUGGUACCUGAACAAAAAAUAACAGGACCAAUCUGUGUCAACACCAAAGGGCAAGACACAGGUGCCAUCAAAGACAUGAUCACCAGGAUGGACCUGGAGAACCUGAAGGACGUGCUCUCCAGGCAGAAGCAAGAGAUAGACGUUCUGCAGCUGGUGGUGGACGUAGACGGCAACAUCGUGAACGAGGUGAAGCUGCUGAGGAAGGAGAGCCGGAACAUGAACUCUCGCGUCACUCAACUCUACAUGCAACUGCUGCACGAGAUCAUCCGGAAGAGGGACAAUUCACUUGAACUUUCCCAGUUGGAAAAUAAAAUCCUCAAUGUCACUACAGAAAUGUUGAAGAUGGCAACAAGGUACAGGGAACUGGAGGUGAAAUACGCUUCCCUGACAGAUCUUGUCAAUAACCAGUCUGUAAUGAUCACUCUGUUGGAAGAGCAGUGCUUGAGGAUAUUUUCCCGACAAGACACCCACGUGUCUCCCCCGCUCGUCCAGGUGGUUCCACAACACAUUCCCAACAGUCAUCAGUACACCCCUGGUCUGCUUGCAGGUAAUGAGAUACAGAGGGAUCCAGGUUAUCCCAGAGACUUAAUGCCACCACCUGAUUUGGCAACUUCUCCCACCAAAAGCCCUUUCAAGAUACCUCCGGUAACUUUCAUCAAUGAAGGGCCAUUCAAAGACUGUCAGCAAGCAAAAGAAGCUGGGCAUUCAGUCAGUGGGAUUUAUAUGAUCAAACCUGAGAACAGCAAUGGACCAAUGCAGUUAUGGUGUGAGAACAGUUUGGAUCCUGGAGGUUGGACUGUAAUUCAGAAAAGAACAGAUGGCUCUGUCAACUUCUUCAGAAACUGGGAGAAUUAUAAGAAAGGGUUUGGAAACAUUGGUGGAGAAUAUUGGCUUGGAUUGGAAAAUAUCUAUAUGCUUAGCAAUCAAGAUAAUUAUAAGUUGUUAAUUGAAUUAGAAGACUGGAGUGAUAAAAAAGUCUAUGCAGAAUACAGCAGCUUUCGUCUGGAACCUGAAAGUGAAUUCUACAGACUGCGCCUGGGAACUUACCAGGGAAAUGCAGGGGAUUCUAUGAUGUGGCAUAAUGGAAAACAAUUCACCACACUGGACAGAGAUAAAGAUAUGUAUGCAGGAAACUGCGCCCACUUUCAUAAAGGAGGCUGGUGGUACAACGCCUGUGCACAUUCUAACCUAAAUGGAGUGUGGUACAGAGGAGGCCAUUACAGAAGCAAGCACCAGGACGGAAUUUUUUGGGCAGAAUAUAGAGGCGGGUCAUAUUCUUUGAGAGCAGUUCAGAUGAUGAUCAAGCCUAUUGACUGAAGAUGGUCCCCAACUUAAAUGACACAGAAUCUUGUAUUUUUUCAGCUCUCAAGAAUGUAAAUGUUACAUGUACAUUACUUUGCACAAUUUUUUUCUACAGAUACAUUUUGUAAAAUGUAUUUUACCAUAAUUAUAAAAAGGGAUCUAUAAAUGUAGUUUCAUCUUCCUGCAAUAUACAAAAGAUUAUUUGUAUCCAUAUCCUAGUUAUUUUAAAAUUAUAUUGACUGAAUACAAGCCAAGUUUGUUUUCUAAAAUGUAAAUAUUUGCCAACAAUGUAAAACAAACCUUAGUUUUAUUUUAAAGCAAAACUAAAUACAUGAUCAAGAUACUUAGCAAUUUAUUUAAAAACUAUGAGAUCGCUCUAACUUCCAAUGAAAAAUAAUUUUAAGAUUUCAACCAAGUAAUACAUUUUAUUUAUAAAAACACAGACAGGAAAUUAGAGAGAAAUCUCUAAUUUUGUCAAUAGAAAACACAUUUUUCCAAUGAAUAAAAGUAUACUUAAAAAUGAAUUUGUGGCCUUCAUGUGUAAUGAUUACAUUUGAACUCUUGACAAUACAAAGAAAUAAAUGAUGUACAGUAUUGAAAAAAAUAUAU